AUGAGUUCGAUAAGCAAGCCGAAAAACCUAUCACAGGAUGUCGAGCGACACACGAAACCGCUGUCGUUCAUCGAGCGUCAUCGCGCUGCCUCAAGUUCCUUACAAUCCAGUUCCGAUCUUCGUGACCCUCUGGGCCUGAACUUACUCUACGAGCCCCCGGAUUCUCGAGUCGAUCUGAUUUUUGUUCAUGGGCUUGGAGGUGGAUCGCACAAGACAUGGAAUAUCUCGACCGACCAGGACUCCUUCUGGCCGAAGGAGUGGCUGCCGCGAGAAGCCGGUUUUGAACACGCUAGAAUAUAUAGCUUCGGCUAUCGUUCCCACUGGGCGAGUAAGCGCAAAAGAGCCGCCACAAUUCCUGAUUUUGGACGUGCUCUUCUUGGGGACAUCUGCGAUCAUUUCGCUAUUCAGAACGGCCCCAAUCUGCCGAUCAUUUUUGUUGCGCAUAGUAUGGGCGGCCUUGUUGUCAAAAAGACGUACAUUUUGGCUAAACAAAACCCGAUCUAUGAAGAAGUAUCCCAGCGAAUACGCGGCAUGAUUUUUCUAGGCACUCCUCAUCGAGGUGCAGACUCGGCACAUCGCCUGAGUUCCCUGUUGAAUCUCGCUGGCAGGUAUGGCUCAAAGAGAUUCGUAGAUGAGUUGGCCCCGGAAUCAACGAUACUAGAGGAAAUAGAGGAGGCUUUCGCGAGUGCAUCUCAAGGCCUUUACCUCUGCUCGAUAUUUGAAACGGUGGAAACCACUAUUGGGUUUGCUCGCCAGAUGAUAGUUGAAAGGCGUUCUGCACUCCUAGGCCUUCCCUCGGAGCGUAUCCAGCACUUGAACACAGAUCAUCGUCACAUGUGCAAAUUCCACGACCCAGAUGACCUCAAUUACAAAAGCCUUCGUCUCAAAAUCUUAGCUGCCAUUCGUUCUAUUGAAAAAGCCAACCAUCCGAAAAAGUUGACUUUAUCUGAACAGUUGAAAUGGAUAUCAACAUAUCUUAAUGACCCGCAAUAUCAUAUCGAUGAGUUGGCAGAACUUACUGGAGAGAAAGAAGACGGCUCUUGUGAAUGGCUUAUAAAUAGGCCUGCAUUUCGUGUCUGGCUUAAUCUCCCCUCGACUGGUAACGAAGCUGAGCUUCCUGACAUAUGGAAUGUUAAAAGGAGUCCCAAGCUAUUCUGGCUCAGCGGUAAACCCGGCACGGGAAAAUCAAUGGCUGCUGCUCAUGUGAUUCAAUACAUGGAAGAUAAUAACCUGGAUUGCAUCUUUUAUUUCUUCAAGUAUGGAGACAAGACAAAAUCUUCGAUUUGCAACCUAUUGUGCUCUUUCGCCUUUCAACUGGCCCGUAUUAACACCGACGUUCGACAAAUGCUCCUAGAUAUGGCCCAGAACUGUGAACGCCUCAACUUUAAUAAGCCCAGGGAAAUGUUGGAAUCCCUCUUCAACCCUCAAAUAUUACGCGAGAAGUUGCACGCGACCUAUUAUUGCGUUAUAGAUGCACUGGAUGAAUGCGACGCGCACUCGACUCUCAUUUCUCUGCUAUCAGAGCUCGCCAAGCGAUUACCGUUGAAAAUAUUUAUGACGAGUCGCUUAAUUUCAACGAUAGGAAGAGAUCUGUUAAAGCAGAGCCUGCCAGUAUUUGUGGAACAAAUGAAGCUCGAAGAUUCUUUAGGCGAUAUUGAACGUUAUUUGAAUCGCCGGACAAAUUCGCUACCAAUUGAUGACGAGUCAAGUCGUGAAGACCUAGUGGCACAAAUUCUUCAAAAAUCCAAUGGCUGCUUUCUAUGGACGACACUUGUUUUCAAUCUGCUGAAAGAGGCGCAUGGCUUCGGGGCAAUAAAAGCAUGCCUGAACCUCGUGCCGGUCGAAAUGAACGAAUUGUACGAACAAAUUCUUAAAAAGUCAAUUAAGAUAUCACAGGAUAUUAUACUAGCACAGGCUGUUUUUAGAUGGGUUAUUUGUGCUAUAAGGCCCCUUACAUCAGACGAGCUCCUGGAGGGACUACAGCAUGAUGUGAAAGACACCCUAGCUUCUCGUCGGGACGGUAUUGGGCCUCUGUGUGGACACCUAGUUUAUGUCGACGAAAAUUCCCGAGUGCAAGCACUACACCAAACAUUCAGAACCUUUUUGACAGAUAAAUGUCCCCUAGCCGAGUUUGCGAUAGAAAAAAAGCAAGAGCAUGCUCACAUCGCAAAUGUCUGCCUAGCUUUCCUGGCUGGGAGGGACUUUUGUGGCUCGAAGCCAAUGGACAUUUCACGCCCACCAGCUUACCUCUCGCCAUUCGGUAAAUACGCCACUGUUCACUUUUCUGACCAUAUUUCAAAGUCCUCAUCUGGAUCAGACGAGCUUCUCCUUUCAAUAUACAAGUUUUUUCGAUCUUCGAACGUUCUAGCGUGGAUCGAGAACCUGGCCGAAUCCGGAAACCUAUCUAUUCUAACUCACACUGUAAAGAAUUUGAAGUCAUAUCUAGCCCGACGGGCAAAAUAUUUGCCACCAUUGGGCGAGGAAGUCCAGACAGUAGAGACAUGGAUACAUGAUCUAAUUCAUAUUGGCACUCUCUUUUCUCACAAUUUGCUUGCUGUACCAAAAGCAAUGCAUUUCCUGAUUCCACCCCUUUGUCCACGGAAAUCUGCUAUAUAUGGUCAAUUUUAUAAAGAGGAAAAAGACUCCUUCAGAGUUGUUGGCAUCACUGAUGAGGAUUGGGACGAUCGCCUAGCGAGCUUGCUCUACCCCGACGAAGAAGCUUUAUCGCUUGCAUGCAGCGACAAUUAUUUUGCGGUGGGGCUAUCAGACGGAAGUAUAUUUAUAUACCAGAGUACAACUUGCGAGUAUGUCAGGAAACUGGAUCAUCCCGGCGCCGUGGCCAAGCUUGCAUUUGCCAGGCUGCGCCCCUUGCUGGCGUCUUGCUCACCAAAUAAACUGAUCCUGUGGAAUACCCAUGAUGGCAGCUGUAUCUGGACAGCCCGUAGACGCGGCUAUCUGGACCCCAUGGCGCUGGGCUUUAAUAAUGACGAUUCAGCUAUCUCGAUCGCCACAAAAAAAGGUCUGUCUUUCUUUCAGGUAUUGGAUGGGAAGGAAUCCGAAAGUUUCAGUUAUUACGCCACCGAAAUAGGUUCUUCCGAAACAAAGAACCCUAACUCUGCAUGGAAUGCACAAUUCUCCCCAGAUCUGAACCUUUUGGCCAUAAUCUACCGUAAUAGGCCCAUUAUCCUGUGGGACGUCGCUCUAAGACGCACAUCGCUUCAAAUUGUGAAAAGGGGUUCUGAUGGGGUAUAUGAGACUCCCAAUGCGAAUGCCGUGGUGUUCCACCCGAAUUUAGAAGCGCAUCUGAUAGCCGUGGCUUAUAAUGACGGUGAUUUAGUCGUGCAUAAUUUUCGAAUAGAUCAGCAGACGGCGAGUUUUCCACUUCUUGCUCAGACCCUGGCCGUAUCCCCUGACGGGCGGACUUUGGCGACUGGAGACACUCAUGGAAUCAUCCAUCUUUUCAAUUUUGAGACCUUAAGACUGUCUUAUCGUAUUACAACGGACACCUCUCGCAUUCAGGAUAUCGUCUUUGAUUCUAGCUGUCUUCGUUUCCUUGAUAUUAGAGAUGAUCGCUGCAAUGUCUGGGAGCCGUCUGUGUUGGUGGUCCUCAAAGAAAGCUCGGAUGAUACGUCGACAGAACCUUGCAGUGAAGAAAUUCCCCCUCCCAUGCAACGCAAAGAUGCUAGGCAUUGGGGCAGCGAAUUUUAUAUCUCAGCGAUUGCAGGCCACCAAGAUAAUUGUCACUUGUUUGGUGGGAGGUCAGAUGGCUCUGUCGCCGUGUUUACAACUGAAACCGGCAGCAUUGUUCAGGAGCUUUGUAGCCAUGCGCAUUCUGGAAGAGUCCAUUUGCUCGACUGGAAUGAGAGCAAGUCUCUCCUCACAAGUAUAGACGUGUCCUGGCGUAUCAUUUGCAGAAAGAUUUCUCGCAAGCAAAGUGGAGAAUGGUACACUGAAAGGACAUUGUUGGAUAGGUGCACGAGGAACGCUAUUCUUCAGGUUUUAACUAAUCAACGCGGGGAUCGACUCUUGGUGUCUACAACCUUGACAGAUAUUGUAUGGAAUCUUGAUGCCCAAUGCUCAGAAAUCAACCGCUUCACACAACAGGAGAAACGCCAGUGGGUUGCACACCCAACGAAUCCCGAGCUCCUGAUUUUGAUUCGAGGCGGAAAGGCCUUUACUUUUGAAUGGACACAAUUCCAUAUGACUAGCGGAGAAUGCGGCGUAUCAUUAGAAUCCCUCUCCGCGGUUGAUCUGGGCUUUUCGCGAGUUGUCUCAUGCGAACAAGCAAAUAAAAUAGCGGCAGUAAGGAUGAGUAAGGGCAACAAUGGCAGAAAAUCGAGCGAAAUACAGCUGUGGGAUGCGGUUCACAUCAACUCUGAAGCUGGCGGUACGCCAUUGUGUGCGCGAUACGAGCACUUUGCCUAUGACAUCAAUGCUAUCCUUGGUGUUGUCGAGUCGUCUCUCCUCUUUCUUGACUCCGAGAGUUGGGUUUGCUCCGUAAAUGUCGGAAAUCCCAAACAUGAAAAGUUCUAUACUCGCCACUUUUUCAUUCCCUUUACCUGGCAUCGGAAUAAAGAUCUCGUGUACUAUGUCACGGCUAGCGGAAGGAUUGCUUUUGUGGUUGGCGAGAACGUAGUCGUGUUCCAUCAUGGACUUCAGUUUAAAGUUCCCGUUCCCUUUGCGAGGGCGGAGAGCAUUGAGGAGGUCAAUAGGAAAGAGGAUGGUUGA